AUGGUUCUUUCAGGUCAGACUCUCAGUAUUGCUAUCGGCGCUCUAUCCCUGGUCCUGGUUUAUAAGUAUAUCGCAUCGCGGAGACAAAGCCAAAUCGACGCCCAAUUCGCUGCCGAGAAAGGAUGCCAGCCGCUCAAGCCUUGGAGUGCGAAAUGGCCACUAGGCCUUGAUCUAUUGAUCAGAGCUUUCCGUUAUGAUGCGAGGAAACAGAUCCUCCGGCUGUUCGUUGAAAUUUGUGGCGAGUCAGGCACGACAUUCGAGCAGCAUCUUCUGUUUGCGCGGGGAGUCAAUACCAUAGAGCCUCGGAAUCUCGAGGCGGUCCUAUCAUCUCAGUUUAAUGACUUCAAUCUGGGCCUCCGACCCAUCCAUUUCGAUCCUUUGAUGGGCAGCGGUAUCUUCACUCAAGAUGGUGCUCAGUGGCGCCACUCUCGCGAACUUCUCCGUCCCCAAUUCAUGAGCAAUCGCUUCGACAAUUUCGAGCAGAUCAAGGACGCAGUGAAUGAUCUCAUUGCAAACGUCCCUGAGAAUGGUGUGGUAGACCUACAGCCCCUGUUCUUCCGCCUCACUUUUGAAACCACGCUCUUCCUGCUCUUCGGUCAACAUCUCCCAUCUCUCAAGUCCGAAGGCAUCUCUAACCAGGAAGGAGAGUUCUCGGAUGCCUUUAACACGGGCCAGGAUUAUCUUGCCCAACGAGGUCGUCUGGGCGAGUUUUAUUGGAUCUUCUCUGGUCCCAAGUUUCGACAAGCCUGCCGGAUUUGCCAUGACUUUGUUGACAGUGCGGUGAAAAAGGCACUGGAAUAUUCAACCGAGAAGACAGUUGACUCCGAAAAAUCAUCGUACACGUUCAUCGAUGCGCUUAUCCAAGAGACGCGGGAUCCAAAAGCAUUGCGAGAUCAGUGUCUGAAUAUAUUGCUCGCGGGAAGAGACACAACCGCCUGCUGCCUCACAUGGACUAUCCGCCUUCUUGUCCGUCACCCUGAAGUUCUUGCGAAACUCCGCCGCGAGAUCGAAGAAUCCGUCGGCGUGGGCCCAGAUGCAUCCGACCCCGUCAUCUCCCAAGUGAAAAAGCUCCCUUACCUUUCACUAGUCAUCAAAGAAGUCCUGCGCCUCUACCCUUCCGUCCCGGUAAAUUCACGCGCGGCCGAAAAAACAACCACACUGCCAACAGGCGGUGGUCCAGACGGCACAGCACCAGUCCUGAUUCGAAAGGGCGAAGCUGUCGGUUACUGCGUUUACGUGAUGCAUCGCCGCAAAGAUCUAUACGGACCUGACGCGGAGGAGUUCCGUCCUGAGCGGUGGGAGAACGGCGCUCUGAAGAAUAUCGGAUAUGGGUAUUUGCCAUUUAAUGGUGGUCCGAGGGUUUGUCUGGGACAAGAAUUUGCGUUGCUUGAAGCGGCGUAUACGGUCGUUAGGUUGUUGCAGACGUAUGAGAGUAUUGAGAUGGUUGAGGGUAAAGAGUUUGAUAUGUCUGUUGGGCAUGAGAGGCAGCUUUUGACUUUGGUUGUGUCGAGUGCGGAUGGGUGUUGGGUCAGGAUGAAGAAGUAUAGUUAG